GCCACAGCACGGGAACCGGAGCGGCGGUGAGCGGAGCGAAGGCUGCGCUGGAGCACUGAAGAAUCAUCCGGCACGGACGGUGCGUACACCGUCGUCGAUAUGAGCGCGGAGCUCGCCCACUCGGGCUCGGGAAGCUGAAGCACACUGCACCCCGGUCACCUCGCGUUUUCUCGGGGAUAAGCCAUCGCCGAUACGACUCAGUGUACACGGCGAGAACCAACCGGUGAUUCCAUCGACUGCUAACCAGGGCUAGCCGACCAUUUUCCAGAGCCCCCCUUAGCUUGCGGUUGAAGAAGGGGAGCGUCUCCGCUUCGUGUCUGUGGAUGUUACCGCGGGGGUUUCGCACCUGGCAUUCCCCGGCAGCAAGGCGUGCAGAGCGGACUGUUUUUCCUUUGCAAACGAGCGAGGACAUCUCCACGCCCUGGGCUCGGCUCAUUGGAUGCUGUUUGAGCUAGCUCGCUGGCUAGCGAGGCUACCGGGAGAAUAGGAGAAGGUGGGGCCGCGGGAGUGACAGCCUCGGACGCGAGCUAAUGCUGCUAGCUGGGCAACUUGGACUCCUCGGCCGCUCUCGAGUGGUUUAUUACCCUGACACUGACAUUUUGGAGGAGGAGGGGGUUUGAAUUACCAGUGGUGUGCAGCAGCAUCCCCAUUCAGCAGGAGAAACACGUUAUUAUUGAUUCCCCCCAAGCCUCCCGAGGAGAGCAUCCUCCUUUACCUGCAUGACUAUGGCGGACGACGACGUGUUGUUCGAGGAUGUCUACGAGCUGUGCGAGGUGAUUGGAAAGGGUCCCUUCAGCGUGGUGCGGCGCUGCAUCAACAGGGACACGGGCCAGCAGUUCGCCGUGAAGAUCGUCGAUGUGGCCAGCUUCACCUCCAGCCCCGGCCUCAGCACAGAGGAUCUAAAGCGAGAGGCCAGUAUCUGCCACAUGCUCAAACACCCUCACAUCGUGGAGUUGCUGGAGACCUACAGCUCUGAUGGCAUGCUCUACAUGGUCUUUGAAUACAUGGAUGGAGCCGACCUGUGCUUUGAAAUUGUUAAGCGAGCCGACGCCGGGUUUGUGUACAGCGAGGCAGUGGCCAGCCACUACAUGAGGCAGAUCUUGGAGGCACUUCGAUACUGCCACGACAACAACGUGAUUCAUCGCGAUGUAAAGCCUCACUGUGUGCUGUUGGCCUCAAAGGAGAACUCCGCUCCAGUCAAGCUGGGAGGGUUUGGAGUGGCGAUACAGCUGGGAGAGUCUGGAUUAGUAGCUGGAGGCCGAGUCGGUACUCCCCACUUCAUGGCCCCGGAGGUGGUGAAGAGGGAGCCGUACGGCAAGCCGGUGGAUGUGUGGGGAUGUGGGGUCAUCCUCUUCAUCCUCCUGUCCGGCUGCCUCCCUUUCUAUGGCACCAAGGAGCGCUUGUUCGAGGCCAUCAUCAAAGGCAAAUACAAGAUGAACCCUCGCCAGUGGGCUCACAUCUCGGAGAGCGCCAAAGACCUGGUGAGACGCAUGCUGAUGCUGGACCCCGCCGAGAGGAUCACAGUUUACGAGGCCCUCAACCACCCCUGGCUGAAGGAGAGGGACAGGUACGCCUACAAGAUCCACCUGCCUGAAACGGUGGAGCAGCUGAGGAAGUUCAACUCCAGGAGGAAGCUGAAGGGUGCAGUCCUAGCUGCUGUUUCCAGCCACAAGUUUAACUCUUUCUAUGGAGACCCCCCAGAGGAACUACAUGACUUCUCAGAUGACCCCACCUCCUCAGGACUGCUAGCUGCCGAAAGGGCAGUGUCGCAGGUGUUGGACAGCCUGGAGGAGAUUCAUGCGUUGACGGACUGCAGCGAGAAGGACAUGGACUUCCUGCACAGUGUCUUUGAGGAUCAGCACCUCCACACCCUGCUGGAUCUUUACGACAAAAUCAACACCAGGUCGUCUCCUCAGAUCAGAAACCCCGCGAGUGACGGAGUGCAGAGAGCUAAAGAGGUACUGGAAACCAUCUCCUGCUACACAGAGAACAUGGAGGCCAAGGAGCUCAGGAGGCUCCUCACGCAGCCACACUUCAUGGCCCUGCUGCAGACCCAUGAUGUCGUUGCCCACGAGGUCUACAGCGACGAUGCGCUGAGGGUGACCCCCCCGCCCACUUCUCCCUACCUGAACGGAGACUCCCCGGACAGCACCAACGGAGACAUGGACCUGGAGAACGUCACCAGGGUUCGCCUGGUGCAGUUUCAGAAGAACACCGACGAGCCCAUGGGCAUAACUCUGAAAAUGAACGAACUGAACCACUGCAUCGUGGCCCGCAUCAUGCACGGUGGAAUGAUUCAUCGACAGGGGACUCUGCAUGUUGGAGAUGAGAUCCGGGAAAUUAAUGGCAUCAGCGUUGCCAAUCAGACGGUAGAACAGCUCCAAAAGAUGCUGAAAGAGAUGAGGGGAAGCAUUACCUUCAAGAUUGUGCCCAGUUACAGGUCCCAGUCCAUGUCCUGUGAGUCCUUGUAUUUUGCGUUGCAGAAAGAGUCCCCAGAUUUGUCUCAACAGUCGCCUGCUAAUGGUCACGCUAGUGUCACCAGCUCCAUCCUGGACCUGCCAUCGACGAUUCAGCCCAAAGGCCGUCAGAUCUCCAGAACUCCUACUAUCAAGGACAAAUUGUCCAUCAAGAUCUACGUACGCGCUCAGUUCGAAUACGACCCGACCAAAGAUGACCUCAUCCCGUGCAGGGAGGCGGGCGUUCGCUUCCAGGUGGGCGACAUCAUUCAGAUCAUCUCCAAGGACGACCACAACUGGUGGCAGGGAAAGCUGGAGAACACCAAGAACGCCACGGCGGGGCUCAUCCCCUCGCCCGAGCUGCAGGAGUGGCGCGUGGCUUGUAUAGCCAUGGAGAAGACCAAGCAGGAACAGCAGGCCAGCUGUACCUGGUUUGGCAAAAAGAAAAAACAGUACAAGGACAAGUACCUGGCAAAGCACAAUGCAGUGUUUGACCAACUAGACCUGGUGACUUAUGAGGAAGUGGUGAAACUGCCAUCGUUCAAGAGGAAAACACUGGUGCUGCUCGGCGCACACGGCGUCGGAAGGAGGCACAUCAAGAACACACUCAUCACCAAACAUCCCGACCGGUUCGCCUACCCCAUCCCCCACACAACUCGACCACCUAAGAAGGACGAGGAGAACGGGAAGAACUACUUCUUUGUGACUCACGACCAGAUGAUGCAGGACAUCAGCAACAAUGACUACCUGGAGUACGGAAGCCACGAGGACGCCAUGUACGGCACCAGGCUGGAGACCAUCAGGCAGAUCCACGUACAGGGCAUGAUCUCCAUCCUGGACGUUGAACCACAGGCACUAAAGAUCCUCAGGACUGCAGAGUUUGCUCCCUACGUCGUCUUCAUCGCAGCUCCCACCAUCACCCCAGGCAUGACCGAGGACGACUCCCUGGAGCGGCUCCAGAAGGAGUCGGAGAUGCUGCAGCACACCUACGCUCACUACUUUGACCAGACCAUCAUCAACAACGAGAUCGACGACACCAUCCGCCAUCUGGAGGAGGCCGUCGACCUGGUGUCCACCACCGCUCAGUGGGUCCCCGUCUCCUGGGUGUACUGACACGCUACACGGAUGAUCAGAACCAGAGCCACGUCUCAUCAGGACCAUAAAAUUUCCUCUGUAGAUACUUGUUGAAAAAGACGAAAAUGGACUCUAAACUCUGACGCCUCACUACAGAGACUUCAUCCUGCCCCCUCGCCACUUUUCUCAACAGCCUGAAAGCGUACUGUUGUGUACAUAUAUACAUAAUUAAAAAAAAAAACACUAUGUGAAAAUGGUUCUGUCCUCAUAUAGUCAUGGGUGAGGUGCGGAGGGGUAGAUAUUUUGUACUUUUUUUUUUCUAAUCAAUGGACUGGUUCUAGUGGAGGCAAGCAUGACCAUAAAGCAGUCUGUGUGUGGACCUUUAGGCACUUCUCUGACACCCCCCCCCCCACCCUAACCUCGGCCCCUGUGACCAACAAGCCGAACUCUGAAGCACAUCGGAAGCUGCUAUAGUGGCGACAACUUUACUCCUCAGCUCGGAACGCAAGUUUUGAGUGAAGUGAAGAAAAUAUAAAAUAAAGCACAGGAAACUUGGCAGUUUCUUCCUCCCCCCUCCUCCCUUUAUUUAUUUCACCGGCCUCCUGUGCCUGUCGGUCUGUUGAAGGAGCACACUCCACCCCCAGUGUCCCCCUCCCUGACCAUCUUUGUUUACGUCUCCGUUUGCACAAAAUGGACUAUGAAGAAGACUUGUACCACAAUUGUCCCCUCACCUGGCCAUUUUCAUUUCGUCUUGAUUCUCCCCCCCUCCGUACUAAUCAGCGGGUCAACGGAUCUGGAACAUCGUUCUCGGUGGGGCACAAUCAUCCACCACUUCAAAAAAAUAAAUGGCUCCUGAACUGGAAUAAAAAAAAAAUAGAGAAACUGACGGAAAGAUGCAAAAUGAAACUGCCUUAUCAGAGCCUCGGAUGCACACCCCGGCGUCUGCCAGGCAGCCAACAACCACCAUCUUCUUCCUUCCUCACUCAGAGAGCCGCCACGCUUGUUCAAAUUAAAGUGUUGAUAGACAUGUCUGGAAGGGCCUCUCCGAUCCUAGGGCCAAACGUUUUGGAAAACUGUUAACUGUUGUCUUUGAAAAUAUAAAAAGGAGUAUUCCUGUUUUUUGAGGGACAGAAAAUAACUACAUUUUGUGUGUAAAUGUUUCAGUGGUGCGUACGUCAUACGAGUGAAUUACCAAGAGCCAGUGUAUAAAAUUAACCCUCAAAAGAAGCUCAGUAUGUGACAUAACCUCUUCGCGCUCUACCACGAGUGGCACGACCGCGACGCCGCCGCACUGACAGCAAAUCCAGUCCAUAUUAAAACAACAAUACAAACGCUCCAAGUGCGUGUGGUGUCGCUGUCGCCUGCUUCUGGUAGGCUCUCCUUUAAAGUCCUGUGUAAAUUACCUCUGCAAAAUGACUAAAGCAGCUAUGAAAUGUU